GAAGGAAGAGGUUGUUUGACUGGUUUUCAGGAAGAUAUCAACCUUUUUCAUCAGGAAUCAUCUCGCUUAUAAAUGCCACUAUAAAAAUCAGCUUGGAAUUUAGAAAACGGGCAAAUGAGGCUUUUAAAAUAGCCGAUUAGGAUGAAAAUGUGGCACAAUCGACGCUUCCUUUCGAAUUCCAAACAGCUGUGUACGAAUUUUGGGACUUCGAAGUUCGUCGUUUCUUGUUUAUUUGCUGUUUUUGCUGUUCAAAUUGUUUCAUGUCAAGAUGCAUGCAGUAGUGGGCCUUGCUAUCCGAAUCCUACAGACAUUGCUGGAAAUUUUAACGUAACGGCGAACUCAACUUGCGGUGAUCCGCCGGAGACAUUCUGCGUGAAUUUGAAUUGCAGUAACGUUUGCAACGCAAAUUCUGAUGGACUUAAGCAUCCACCUAGCUUUGUGAACGACGACAUUAAUGCUAAUACCUUCUGGAAGUCUAAAAACUACGAAUACCCUGUAGUUUUGCAGCUAGAUAUUGGAAGAACAUUUAUGCUUUAUCAAUCUACUGUGACUUUUUACCACGAGCUGCCGGCUGCGAUGUACUUUUUGAAGUCAAACGACUCUGGUUUAACCUACCGGCCGAUUACUUACUUUGCGACUAAUUGUACGAAAUAUUUUAACUUGCCAGAAACCGUUGAAAAUGAAAGAGAUGGUCUCCAAGUCCAGUGUUUCAAGAUCGACACGUCCGAAAACCCUCGGCGUCAGGUAAAGUUUGUAGCUUGCUUAAUUUUUAUUUGUAGAGGGAAAAGAUUCUCAAGAUAAUGAAUGUAUCGCACACAUUUAUCUUAGUGACCAAGAAUCUUUCUCUGGAUUAUUCUACAGGCCUUCAUAUGCUAGCUUCCCACCUGCUAAACGUGUAGAAUGCCUAAUGUUUUACGUUAGUGGUUCUUGCGUUUAUCUUGUCCUUAAAUAUGUGGUUAUGGAGGUUUUUACAACCAGCCGAAAUCACGGCUCGUUAUGUAAGCUCAAUUAAGCCUAUCGAUCGUUAGGGCUGCAAAAUGUUCCCGUGCAAAGUAUGAGAUUUAUUUCUUUGAAAUUCCACAUCGGGAUAGCUGAAAAAUUCUUCAAGAGGCAAUCCUUUGGCUUGCUUCCUUGUAAACGUAAAAUCUUGGAAACGGUGUGUUUACGAAACGUUUCCUCAUUUCCAAGGGAUCGUAUUACCAGUUUAUCUUGUGCGCCAACUUUUUGCAAAUGGCAAUGCAAUAAAUUUCACAAUGGUUUGAAUUAAGUACGUUUUAGUUGUUAGAUAAUAAAUUUUCUCGGAUUUUUGUCGAUAGCUUGCGUGUGAUGAUUUUAAUUUGUAUCAUUUCGCUCUGACCUGUAAAAUCGUCCCGUUUUUGUACAUGAAGUAUCUCACCUUCUAGACGUGUCACGUUGUGUAUCUCUUCAAACAUCGUCAUUGCUUUGAAAUUAUCUGUAUUGUUGCCAAUACAUGUAACCGCUUGUGGCCUUGCAUUAUUUUAGCCUGCUGGGCGAUAAAGUACAUGUAUAAGCUUACUUACAUUUUCAAUCAUAUAAACUUAAACCACGCGCGGUACUUUGUCAAAGUGAGCCAAUUUUUAUCCACUUGAAUUUCAUCGCGAUAACAUCACAAUUGUUCUGAUGUUGUAUAUAUUGAGGGUAUGAAAAAGGAAUUUUACACUGUCUAACUGUGUUAAUUUAUAUUUUGCUUGCUUAUUUAUUUGUUAUUUUAUCGCACGUUUCUUCACAAAUCGCGCAAACCGUCUUGCUUCAAGCCAAAGAAAUAACGUCGAGUUUAUUAGUGAUAUCUAAAUAGAUGCAAAAAAGUAGAUGUUGAUUGCUUUGUUUGUAAACUGGCAUUUAUUUCCAAGAUCCUUAAUUGCUAAUAUUUUUAUGAGGCACACAUAUUAUGACAGAUCAGAAAAGUUAUUAAGGGUUUUUUUGGUACAAUGACUGUAUGAAGCUGUUAUCUGAACAGGACUUAUCCUAGAAAAUUACAGCUACACCAAGUUAAUUUAAAAGGAAGCAUUAUUUAUAGGACUGGCAGCGGAUGUAAACUGUCAUUAGUGUUUCAAAUAUUGGACCAACUCCAACAGAAAUCGCUGAAAAAAGCCUAAUGUCCAAUUCUUUUUGGUUUCUCAAACAAUAUUUUCCAGCAAGUGAUUCACUCAGUUUAACAUUCAAUAUUGUUGGAAUAUGCAGAAUGGAGGAUAAUGAUCAUUUAAUUUAAUCAUUUUUAUCAAAUUUUCAUUUUGUUGAUUGUACAGUGUACUUGUGUAAUGAAUGUUUGUAAUUGGCAUUCAUAACAAAUUACUUUGUGAUCAGAAUUUUAGCCAGUCCAUUAUACAACCAACAUCACUACAUGUAUGCAAAGAACAGUGCAGUCUUCUUCUGAUAAAAUUUAUCCUUCGGUCAGUCAUCCACAACCGCCGUUCAAAAAUGAAUUAUUUCAUAUAUACUUCACAGUCAAAAUAACGUUGAAACCAAAUCAACGGUUUAUUGAUUCAGUGUUGAAUAAAUGAAGCUGACAAAGGUUGAUAGCUGUAAUGUCCACUAUAAUAUACUUCCUCAUUUUACUGUAACCUAGUAACAAGGAAGUGUAUUGUAUGGUAAGUCUCUUAGUGACAUGGACUUGGCUUUUGUGAUGCAGGCUGAAAAGGGAGUAAAUUUUAGUAAGUGCAUGUAUGAUCCCUUUCAGAAAAUUGAAUGUUUUGUAUCACGUUUGAUUAAAAGUAUAAUAUUAUUGCAGAUGUUCUUGUCAGACACCUUUCUGUAAUGUUCAUCAGAUUAUAAAUUCUGAUAUACAUGUACAUGUAUGAACACCUAUUUUGGUUGUUAAAGACAGCCUUCGAUAUGAGAAAAUCCACAGUGGACUGUUAAAAAACUUGUUUGAUAUUUGCACUAGUUAAAAGCAAAUUGCUGUAGAGUUAUAUUUAGUGUUUUUUUCUGAAUAUAAGACAAGAAGAGCUCAUAGGAUGGCAUCCAUGAUGUGCAGCAAGAUCCAGAAUUUGGGUUAUCGGGGUAAAUUUUGAUCAAGGGAAAUAACAUUUUAAAGUUCUUGGAAGCAAAAAGUUUGACUUGCAUGUAUCCUAGUUUUAGUUAAAAUGGCUGAAAAAUGGGUUCAAAUCUAAGGAAAUAUCUUAUAAGUGACCACCUCCCACAAGUGAUAACCCAAGAGUGGCAUGUCAGGUGGUUGAUUAUAGGAAAUUUUGACAUUGCCACGUAUCCUAACAGUUUCUUGUCCUUUACAUGUAUAUGUCAGCUCUACUACAGACCGCUCCUUGAUUCAGAUGCAGCGGAAAAUCUUCUGUCAGAUCCUGAUAAACAGGCCUUCUUUCUAAUGACCAACCUCAGAAUGGUGCUAGUGAAUUUUAUAACAGGAAGUAGCUUUGAUCCAAGUUCUGUUCCUGAUUCCCUUAAGCAGAGUUUUUACUUUGCUGUGUAUGACUGGGAUGUGGUGGCUUCAUGUUUCUGUAAUGGACAAGCAUCUCGAUGUGAUCCAAAUGUAAGUUGCCGAGUUCUUACAGACUAAUUAAAACUUACUGGGACUUGUGUUUUCAAUACACCCAUGCGUCUUGGAAUAAAGUACAUGUACAUGAACUUGAAGCAGCAGUAAAAGAAAGAAGCAACAAGGACAACGGUAGUGAAUUUAAUUUUCAUUGCAAACAUAGGCAUGUCUCCUGGCAUUGAAUUCUAAAGGAAAAGAAAUGUACUUAAAAGUGUGGUAUACAUGUGUAGAGCUAAUGUUUUGCUCAUAAAACCAUUUGUUUUUUAAUGUUGUUGUUGUCGUUGUUAUCAUGAUUGCUUAAGCUCCCUAAUGUGUACCUGAUUGCUGUUUGUUUUGCUAUCUGUCAGGAUAUCUCAAGAUGUGUAUGUCAGAGAAACACUGAUGGUCCUAACUGUGAGAAGUGUUUACCUCUUUUCAACAGCAGACCUUAUCGCACCCGAGAGGCUUGUGAAGGUAAUGACUCUUGUUGCUUGUCUUAUUUACAUAUACUUGUAAAUUCGUAAAUUUGCUUAAAACUGAGUUUACUUACAUUGUGCAGUGUACAUGUACACACUUGCAACCAAAAACAUCAAAUCAAGUGUCUGCUAUCUCGAGCAAGUGAGUUUACUGUACUUUUCAAAUACACAUGAACUCUGAAGUUCAAAAGCCAACUGAUGUUUGCAUUUUUCGCUGCUGUCAAUCAUCUUAGCGGACCUCUUAGGAAAAAGAACUUUACAUAAACAGGUUCAAAAGGUCAUGGUUUGUGAUCUGUGAUUGGUGGAUUUCGAUCCGUUUUGUGGGUUUCUGUGUUGCAAGAUUUCUUGCUUGUGAUCAUUAUUAUGAUUGCCGGCAGCAAAAAAUGCAGUUGUGAAGGUGUGGCCUUUGAACUUUAGAGUUUGCGUGUUUGUGAAGAGCGCAGUUAAUUGGGCCCAUGCUACGGUGCAAGCCUACAGUGUAUGACUGUAUGUCACAGUGUUUUCAGAGGCAAUUUUAAUUUUCAUCAACAGUGUUCUUAUACAUAUAGUACUAUUAUAUCCAGUAUUUUCAUAAAUUAAAGUGGAAGCUCUUUACAAUAAACAUGUUCUUGUAGCAUAACUCAUGUAUGAAAAAAAAAGUCAGUGAUUAUAGAAUAACACAUGUACAUGUAGUCAAAAUAUAUGUACCCUUUUCCCGCUCUGUGUUAUUUUUUGAAAGAACAUGUAGUGGUAGCAAAAUAUAAAUUGUACAUUUGCUCAACCAGGCAACCAAACCACAGCAAACAAGACUAUAGUUCAUUGUACAAUAAAACAUGUUUAAUAAUGUAAUAAUUAUUACUUUGUUGAACUUCUUACAUAAUAUGUGCAUUCUUAAAUUCCUUUCUAGGUAAAAUAUAUUUUUCAUUUCCUAGCCCUAAUCAUUCAUGGGAGACAAAGGAAAAAUUUUUGGUUAAUUAGCCUGUCAUUAGAUUUAAAAUACAAUAGAUAAUUCUGUUCAUGAAGUAAUUUUUUCCUUCUGUUCUUUCAUAACAUAGCGUGUGAAUGUCACAAUCAUUCUGCUAGCUGCACUUACAAUGAGACCAAACAAUAUGGAGUUUGUGAUAACUGCAUGGACAAUACCUUUGGGGAUUUCUGUGAAUUUUGCAAGUCAUCAUUCUAUAGAAACUCUGAAGUGCCACGGAAUCAUUCUAACACUUGUCUGGGUGAGUACAUAUGUUGUAAAUGUCAGUGCUGCAGGGUGAUGUAGCACAGACAUGUAGUUAAUAACAUUAGUAAGGUCUCAAAACAUGUUAUUUACCUAAUUAUUUUAGGAAAUAAACACUUCAUCAUUGAAAUUAAUGCCACUUAAAAGCGAAUUUAUGUAGUGGAAAAUGACUUUGGAGUAAAGCAAAUAAAUUAGAGAGGAGAACACUUCAAAAUAAAUGAAAUUAAUGUGAUGCUUAGAAAGAAACAAAACUUGUUGAGGCAGCAAGAACAAAGUCCAACAUAUAAUCUGAAGUAGAAACUUUGUUCAUGGUACUUUCCCUAAAAGUAUGAAGGGAGUCAAGUGAAGAAUUCUAGCCACUUCGAGGGUUCUUCACAGUCCCACUUUUACUGGCAGGACUCCAUCCUGAUGAAAUACUCUGCUUUCUUGGGAGUCAAUAAUGUCAGUAGUGUACACUGUACCAAGAAUUUAGGGCCAAAAUACAAUGUAAUGCAAAUUGAGGUCAUGGAAAUUAAUGCUCCACUUGAUUAACAGUGUGGAAAUCUAAGUUAAUCUUAUGAAGUGUUAAUUUGUGAAAGCUUGGAAACUGUGCAGAAUGUGAGGACAAAUAAUCUUAAAGUUACAUGUAAAACCUGCUUUAAUUGCCCUGUAAAGUGCCAGGAAGUGCUAAACAUGUCAGAGUGAUCCUGGUAGAGGCUGCUGGAUGACAUUAUCUAGUAUCAGAGAUGCUAAGCGGUCUUCAAAAUUAACCCUGCCAAGAUGUAGUUUCCCAGAACAAUAUUUGAGCCAAUGGCAAGGUCUUUCACAGCUGGUGAAAUUAGCCGGCAGCUGGCUCUUAAAGACGUCCUUGUAGAAUAAUAAUUAGCCCGUGGCUUGUACAAUCUUGAAAAGGUCUUGAAUUUUUAGUAGUCGUGUUAAAAAGUCUUUGGAUUCGGUGACUCUAUUAGGUCUUGAAAAGUCCUUGAAAUUCAAUACCUUGUCUAUGCCCGGCAGAGUUUUCUGUAAACUUAGAUUUUUUGCCGAGGAAAAAUUGGCUCAUCAUUUAUCGGGGUCAGAACUUGCAAAACUCACUGGUAACUUAAGAACAUUUUUUUGCAUGAGCAAAUAUGUAUUUUAUUUUUAUUCCUCAACUUUAUUUUGAGAUGCUAUUUCUGUACCUCAGAUGCACUUGCAAGUCAUUUUCCAAAGUGUUGUUGUGGAAAGUAUGAAAUAACAUUAUCAACCAUGGCUGAAAAUUUAAGUAAAAAGCGUAAAUGACUCCAUGGCAUGUUUAGCCUUGCCUGAGGUGUUCAAAAGGGGUAAAGGAUGCCGAUUUAUUGAAUAAAUCUUAGUCCUUGAAAACUGUAAUUUUUCCUUGAAAAAACCUUGAAAUUUGUUUGUCUAAAGGUCGGUACACACUAGGCGACAAGUUGCAGCAACACGGUGAGGCGACACGUCGCAGCGACAAAUCGCUUCGUGUGUACUGGAGAAUUUUGAGAAAAUGUUUGUCGCUGCAACAGAAUUUUGUCGCCGCAACAAGUCGCACAGAUUCAGUCUGAUUUGAUUUUUUGCGACUUGUUGCAGCGACAAAAUUCCGUUGCAGAGACAAAGGUUUUCACAAAGAUUCUCCAGUACACACGAAGCGAUUUGUCGCUGCGACGUGUCGCCUCACCGUGUUGCUGCAACUUGUUGCCCGAUCUGUUCACAUGGAGUGAUCUGUCGCUGCGACGUGUUGCUGCAACUUGUCGCCUGGUGUGUACCGACCUUAAAGUUGUACCAACCAUGUUAGUCACAUUAACGUACAAGUACGUGCUGUAAAAAUCCAAGAUUGUACAUUUUCCUUUUAUCCCGUGAUGUCACUUAUGCAUACCGGCAAUGUUUACAUUUAUUUAUCAUUUUUCUACUUAUUGUUUGCUUUCAGCCUGUGCCUGUAACAUCCCUGGGGUUAACAGCUCUGCUGACAGCUCUCAGUGUGAUGGUGUAACUGGACAGUGUGCCUGCAAGAGUCAUGUGACAGAAAGGGCAUGUGAUACAUGCCGUGAUAACUACUGGAAACUGAGCAUGAGCAAUGAAGUGGGAUGUGAAGGUUAGUUUGCUUAAAUGGAGACUUUCCUCUGCAGAUAAGGUGCCUGUGCAUGUUUAUUGUAAUCUCUUUCAUCCUGGGAUCAAUUCAAUAAACUGUUUACAAGUAGUGUAAUUUAAAGUUGUACAAGUGUGGCCAUUGUUUUACAGUCUACAAUUAUAUAAUAAUAAUAACAACAACAAUAAUGAUAAUAAUAAUAAUAAUAAUAAUAAUAAUAAUAAUAAUAAAAAUGAUAAUCAACUUUAUUUUUCAAGGGUGGCACUUGACAGUAUAAAAUUCUGUCACUUAAACUUGAAUGAGUUUUAUUCAAUUGACUCUGUGUAUAUUAUUAUAUUAAUGUGAAACUACAGUCAACCAUUACAAGCUCAAAGUACUGCUUUUUGUUUAGAUUGCAGAUGUAAUUUAACUGGAACUGUAAAUGCAUCAAACGUGUGUGACAAGGUCAGUGGUCAGUGUCCAUGCAAGCCACUGCUGACUGGAAGGACCUGCAACAAAUGCCAGGUAGGAAAUAAAUGUUGCUAAUUAAAAAAUGGAGAACUAACUCACAGUGUACGAUUGAUAGACACCUUUGUUUACAAUAUUAAAAAUUUAACUUUUACUUCAUAGGGUAGUCCCUUCAGGGAGCUUGCAAAGCAUCCCUGCUAUCAAUAGGAGACCUGAGGUCACGAACUACUGUUAUAGAAUAUGCAAUAAAAUAUAUACAAAAGUAAAAACAAAAAAUGAAAAAGUACAUACUGUACAUUUACAAUUAUUAUAAUGAUUAACUGUGUGGUAAUAAACAAUCACACAAAUUUAUGUGCACAUUAUUUACAAUAUUAUUAAAAACCAAGCUUUCAAGGUGAUAGUAAAUACAUCUCUUGGCCACCUCUGUUCUAACUGCUUUUAGGUGCAAAAGAUUGCUCUGCUGGGCUGAGCUCCCGUACGAUACAGAAGACGUUAAAACAGCGCUGCUUUAGCGACUUAUUAGCGCUGCAACGAGCGCUGCAGAAAGGUUGCACGAACGCUGUUUUCCGUUCGCUGCAGCAGUGCAUUUUUGUGACUGCGUGAACGCUGCGGUAGCCACACUGAGAGCUGCAGGAGCGCUGCCGUAAAGAUGCAAAAAAAUAGCCACACGAGGCCAUACGGUCGAUAAACAGCUUUUAUGCAGCGCUGUGCAGCGUUAGUGAAGCGCUGCCAAGAACAGUUGUACAAAAAAAAGAAAUGCAGACUUCAACAAUACAAUAAUCAUGAGACAUGGUAAAGGAGUUGACAAGAGGCCUUAUAGUAGCGGAGUAAAAACCACAAGAAAUACAAAAUGCAACUGAUACUUUAUUAGUAUUCACGCGUACACGUUACAAAAGCAGGUGACAUAUAAAAAAUCUACGAGUCUCGCUUUGUAAAUAUUCAGCAAUCACGGUCACUCAUCUAAAUGUAAGAACAUCCAUUAACAUGCUGACAUUGAAGUUUAUCUUUUUUUAAAAUAAAGAGAAUAAGAGCGAUUGUUCUACAUAAAGUUUGCACGGACAGCAGCCAAAUGAUGUUUUGAUUCGUUGCAACAGCCUAACAUCGCUCACCUUGACGUUUUGUCCAUGAUCCACGAUCUGCCGUCACUGUUUUCAUGAAAGAAAUCAACCCAAUUUUACCUUGGUCGCCGUUAAAUUUACAAUGGACUAAGGAACGUACAUCAUCGUGAACGUUUGAAUCUUGUAAAUACAUGCGCACCCCCAGCUCAGAUUCUUGUAUCUGUGUUGCUUGCUCUGGUUCGAUUAAACGGUACCGGCGUGAGAAUUCACUGAACAGUGCCGUUGUUUACAAAUACCUUUGCGCUGUUCCAUCCAACAACAUCAAUAGAUCUUCCACCUCGAAACACUGAACUAGUUGCUAAACACUUACAAUGUAUGAAUGUUUGCGCCUUUCAUUCAACGGUCGCAAAUGUUUGUCCAGCGAUGUAAUGUGAUCUGAUGCAAAAGUGCCGACCAAUUAGAUUACAGCCUAGAAUGUCUCCAGGAAUUAGCGAUAACAUUCCCACACUGCCCAGUCACGGAAUAAAAUUUAUUGAAAUCUUUAUUCCAAAAGCAUAGAAUUUGGAGGUUUAUUCAAUAAGUGAUCUUCCCUGCGCAUAAGCUUACUCACAUUUCUUAGAGGUACAGUCAAAGUUUUCUCGUUAUGAAAGCCGUAAUCUGUGGCAAAAGGCUUUUCUGGCGGUUCAUGUUAUGAGCGCUCAAGAACGUUGUGCUAUCAGAUCCAGCGUAGCUGAAUUGUAGCGUUACUGCAGCUAUUGAAAGUCGGCAACUGCGCUGCAAAACUGCUGCCGAGAACUUCAAAGGCAGCACCAGCGCUUUUGCAUCCCGCUGCAACUUGGAUUAAGCUGUUGUUUGGCUUCUAAAAUGCUGCUAAACAGCUGUAAUUUAGCUGUACAGCUAUUUUGUGGCGCCGUACGGCGCUGCAAGUUCGUCUGGGUUUGCUCUCCAGGGUUUUAAUUUUGAAGAUCUUUAAGUCCUUAUUUGGUAUCUGCAGCGUUGUGCAGCGAUAAUGCAGCCUCAAGCGUCGCUUGUAUUCAGGUUGUCAUAUGGAGUGGUUUCAAUGUUUAUAUCUAAGUCUCAUUGCAGCUUUUAAGCAGCGGCCCGCAGUGCUGCUUUACCGCUGCUUUACCGUGGCAAAAUUUUGCAGCGCUUUCGCAGUACACGAAAUGUGACGUUCUCUGCUUUAGCGACUCACGAGCACUGCUUUACAGACGCUUAAGCGCUGUGCAACCAUAAAAGUGAACUGCUGCAGCGUUGCGUCGUUCGUACGGGCUAUUACAGCGUCCCUAAUAAAAACAAAAUCACUCUUACUCUUCCCUACACCUAAAUUGACUGACCCGCUAAGACUGGCACUACCUAACUGCAUGCAGACCAGUGCACUUCUGUAAGAUUUAGAUAAGGAAAAUAAAGAUUAUUGCCUGUUGUUGUUGUUAUUCUACACUUUGCUGUAUGAGCUUAGGUUGUGCAUUGUUGUGGGUUUUCAAACCUUAAGUUAUAACUUAUUUUUGUUUGUACAGUGUGCACUAUCCUGUGUUUUAUUUGAGCUUCUAUUUAGCUUAAAUGCUGGUUUGCCUAAAACUCGGAAUUCUGAAAACCCCUGCUGAAUGCUGAAGGACUCUGAAGUUUAGUGAUUAUGGUUGGGAAACUGAGUGAAUUAAGUUUCAGGUCAGUUUGCCCAAUAUAAUGACCCUAAAUGGAACCUGAUUCACUCAGUUUUCUAACCCUAAUCCCUAAACUUCAGAGUCGUUUGGUGUUUGGGGUGUGUUUUCCGGAUUUGGAUUCUGGAUUAAGAAUGUUACAGUUAAAGUAAAAAAAAAUUGUGAUGUACAUCUGCAGUGCAUUAUAAUGAAAUAAUUAUUCUGGUGUUAAAUUAAUAGCUUAGUUGUUUAUGCUGGUAUAUUUUUAACUUUCUUUGGUCAGGAUGGUUACUUUGGGUUAACGUCUCAACACCCAGGCUGUACUGCAUGUAAUUGUGACAUGGCAGGGUCAGUGAACAAGUCUUGCUCUUCAACUGGGCAAUGCUUUUGCCGUCCAAGAUUCUCAGGGCUAAAGUGUGAUGUAAUUGAACCAAAUUUCUUUCUGCCAAGUGUUGAUUUUAUGACAUUUCAAGCCGAAGAUGCUUUUGCUGUCUCUGUAAGUACUAAUGUAUAUCAGUAUCUUCUUGGUGUAAAUGUGUGAACUUCUCUUAAAUCUUUGUCUCUUUUCCUAGGGAAUUUAGUGUCAUCUUCUUAGCAUUGAUUUCUCUUCAUUUUCACUUGUCAUCCAGUAAUGUGAUAUACUGUGAACAUCCUACUAAUACUCAACAUGAUUUUAAUAUUGAUUUCUAACCUGAGACCCAAAUACAUUUUUAUUUUGAGUACAUGUAGUCUUGGUCUUAUGUGGUCUGAGAUAACUCCUUUUCUUCUCAGAACCUUGUGCUUCCCUUUGAAAGCUUUGUUCUCCGAAUGCAACAUUCUUUCCCACUGAUCAUUGGAUAUUAUUUUGAAUAAUAACUUACCUUACAAUGAAACACAAUGACAUGAUAGCAUGAUUGGCCAAGUUUGAUAUUCGAUUCUACUGUAAACAGUGCACUGAGGUGAUGCGCACUAUCAACUGAAAAAAAAAAAAUGGAAUCAAGGCCAUUAAUAACUCCUCUGUGCUGGAAACAAAAACUUCUAGUCAGUUGCAAGAAAAUGCCUGAGUGUAUGCAGGCUCCUUUUUCAUGGUGACCUGACACAGGGUUCUUACAAGCACUAAAGGGUGGGAUUUCCCCUGACUACAGCCUUGCAGCCACACUUUUAUGACAGCAAUGAUUUUUAAUAUUGUUUCCCUUCUGUAUUAUUUUUGUCCCUCUGCAGCCUCCAACAAAGAGAAUUAACCAUACAACAAUCAUCAAUACUGCUGGUCAGAGAGUCCUUGUAGUGGGCGUGGUUCUAGCUGAAGGGACCAGUGGUCCUUCACCAACUGUGCUUCAGUUUACAGUAAACAUCCCCAAGACUGGUUUCUUUAAUUUCAUUCUCAGAUACAAGGUAAGACUUCAAUUAAUCCAGGUGAGUUUGUGUUUUUGCCACAACUACACAUGAAUGCACACUGUCAAGUGAUCGCAUGAUUGACUUACCUUUUAUGUGUACAGUCAAACAAAGCAACCACCCAAAAUGGGAAGAUUGAAUGGUUGCCUGUGAGAAUUCAUCCACAGGGGCUCUCUGCCUCCAAAAGAUCUUUUAAAACACAUAGAUCUACAUUUUAGAAGAGCCUCAUUGCAUUCAAUUUCUAAUUUAAAAUAUGUGCAUUUUCAUGUUGUCACUAAACAAUCUUUGCAUAUUGUAUGGAUAGAGUAGUACAUUCAGCAGACAGAGAUCAAACCAUGGCAUCAAAUAGUCACUUAUAAACAAGAGGGUAAAAAUAAUGGAGACUUAUAAAACAAUCAUCCAAACAAGUGGUUGCUGUUGGUUAUGACGGACAGUCAUUUACAAGAGGUUCUAAUAUUUAUUGUAGUAUAAAUUUGACUGGGAAAAUUUUGGCGUUAAGAUAGGUGGUUGCUGGCAAGAGGUGGCCGCACAUUGAGGUUUGACUGUAUCAGAAUUCUCCAAUGACUGUGGCCUGGCAAUUGGAAAAAGAAAAGAACUGUUUCUCCAAAAAUUGAAUAUUCUCCUCUUGUUUCAUGAGUUAUAAUGGUGUGAUUUGGAAAGAAUAAAUUCCUGUAAAUCAAAAGCACCAUUUCAGGGCUCUCAUUAAGAUUCACCUGGAACAUCUCACAAAAAUUUAUAGUGCCUCCUUCAGCUUUCCGAUUUCAUCACCCGUAAAAUCAAGUGAGCUCAGCCAUAACAGGUGUUAGAGGUUACGAUCCUUAGUGAUGGCUGUGCCUCUUCAUUUGUUGAUAACAUAAUAUGCCACCUCUACAUUUAAUCAUAUCUUUUUUAUUUCCAGACAAAUAGUGACUGGUCCAUGAUUACUAUCAAUGCUUUGCUACGGACAACUUUUAUCCCGUUUUCCUGUAACAAUGAAACUCAAGUCAACAGCAAUGAACCUUACAUCCUUCGUGGAUCUUUGGCGGCAGCACUCGAAGCUUAUGAUUUUGGAAAGCAGUGUUUGCUGGCUGGGCAAUACACAGUGAAUCUGACCAUUCCACAACAACAAGUACUCGCUUUUAGAAGGCGAAGGGCAGUAGUGUUGGACUCAGAAAUUGUUGUGGACUCUGUAAGAAUAACUUUUUUCUCCUUGAUAGCACUGCUCUAAGCUGUGACUUUUUUGGUCGCCAUGGUAUUUAGAAAAAAAUUUUUGCAACUGAAGUUGCAGUAAAAGUUGGAUUCGAUGACAAUUUUUAAGAUGUAAAAUAUUUAACUUAUUAUUUGCCUUUUAAAACAAAAUGUGGUUUUUUUUAUUACCUACAACUUCAUCUAUUGUCUCACCAUUUCCCUGGCAGUGGCAUACUGUAGAUGAUUGUUGUUGACUAAAUUAAAUAAUUUAAUAAUCUUGUUUGUUUGUUUUUUUUAUUUUACUUGGCUUGUUUUGGUCUUUAUGAAUUUUGCAUACAAAUUGUAGCUAUUAUUUAUUUUUUGGAAAACUCUUUUGUUCCCCAGCUUGUGAUUAUGCCAACUGUAUCAGAAUAUGAUGUCUUUAAGUCAGCUUCCCCAGCAGUGCAGGAAAAUAUGACAUAUUAUUUUAACCAGUCAGCCUCUUUGCGAAGCUGGUCAGCAGUCUCUGUUGAAGGAAGUGCUUCCCUCUCCCCAGUGUUUGGCGAGAUCUUUGGAGAAGGACAAGGCAAAAACUUUACUUAUUUAACUUACUUGUAUAUGUUUAAAAAACAAUACCCCGCAAGCAGAGGUGUCUUUCUGGCAUGGCAUCAUUUGCAAUAGUCAUUCGCAUGGCUUGUCUGCAAUCACUUAGAUGGUUUGUUUAUAUCCCUGACAGAGUUGGACCUAAAAAAAUGCUGAAAGCCAUGCCAGAAAGAAACCUCUGCUCACAAAUGAAAUAGAAAUAAGUUUUUUUCAAGACAAGACAAAAUUUUAAAAAUGACUAAUUGUAAAGACAAGAGUUAUAUGUUCCCUAGAGUAUUGUCUUGCAACUAUCAAAUAAAUAUUUCUGUAAACAAUUGCAGUCAAACUGACAAAACCGUUAACACUUGAAAUAUUUCAGAAAAUGUUUAUUGAGUUAUAACCAGUGACGGAAAAAGAACAGGAUGUGCAAGCCAGCCACAAAACCACAAACUGAUGUUGUACACGUAGCUUGGGGCUUAGACUCCUCAUGCCUGAUUGGCUUUUUUGUUGCAAAACAGUAACAUUGAUUCUAGAAAUAUUUUUGGUGUUCAUGGUUUUGUUUGAUUGACUGUAAAUGAAAAUAGGAGUUGAAUUUUAUAAAAUUGUAAUCUCUUUACAUGAUUGCCAUGCAUUUGAUAAAGAUUUUGAUUGUUUUUUAGUUAUUUCUUUUGUCAUUUGUAAUUCAUGAAUGCUAUUUUUUCCUUUGCAGGUUGCAACUGCAGUGAAGUUGGUUCAAAUAACCCCCAGCAGUGUGCCAGAAAUGGAGGCCAAUGUGACUGUAAAACAAAUGUGAUUGGUCGCACUUGUGAUGCGUGCAGGCCUGAUUAUUUUAACUUCACUUCUGGUUAUGGCUGUUCAGGUUAGAUAUCACCAUUCAAGGGAUUCUAGCACAGGGUUCAGUGUGCAAAGAAAGUAGUGUCCAAUAGCAUGGGGCUAGUGGAUUUUGCUCUAGUGCUAGUGAUUUUUGUUCUUAACUUGCCCGACAGGCAAGUGCUGUUUUUGGGGGAAAUUCAAAUUACAGAAGGAUUGUAAUCAAUCCUGCUAAUCAAAAACGGUUUGGGGGCUAUUUUGGGGCUAGUUGAAAUGACUUGUGGGCUUGUACAUGCUAGUUACAGCUUGCCCGAAUGGCAGGCUGUAAAACUGACUUUCUUUGCACCCUGGGGCUAUAAGUAAGAUUUCAGGUUGUUGGGUAUAUGCAGUUUAUAGUAAGGAGAGAACUGAACGGUUAGGGAUCAACUGUUCUUUUGGCCCUAUUUUCCUUUAGUUUUAUUAUGAUAGUACCUGUAGCUGGAGGUCUGUCAAAUAAAAAUGCAGAGGGCAUUGCCAAAGGUCUUGAUUUGACUGUGUGUGGGUUAUCUAAGUUAUGGCCGGUGACAAGUUCAAUUUUUACGCCUGGUUCAGUUGUAAUUUUCUCUUUCUUUUUUGUAUUGUGGUGUGCAAUUACAUGACCAAAAAAUAUAAAAGAAAAAAUUCACAUUUUAUAAUAAUACACUGAGCGACUACAUGCAGUGUAUACAGCUGGCUGAACUGGGAACACCGUUUGUACAAUAAUUUUUUGUGCUGUGAACUUUGAGUGUGUUCUAAAUAGUUGCUUGAAAAUGAUUUUCCACAGCUUGUAACUGUGAUCUGACUGGUGCAAAUGAAACAUCUUGCCAUGAUGAGACAGGGCAGUGUUCAUGCCGGGAAAAUGUCACUGGACGACGCUGCAACAGUUGUCUACGAAAUUACUAUAACUUCAACAGUGGGGUUGGUUGUUCCCCUUGUAACUGUCAUCCAGUGUACUCAAGCAGUCUUCAAUGUGAUGAUAACAGUGGUGUUUGUAGCUGUAAACCUGGUAUCAAUGGUGGAAAAUGUACAGGAUGUGCUGACCAGUUCUAUAAUUUAACUGAUCAAGGUAAGGCCAUGUUGUUUGUGCAUAGUUUGGCACUGUAAGUGACUGGUCUUUGAGUGUAGUGCAUUGACAUAUAAAAGAUACAUGUGCCAAGCAACAUUUGUGUAUGUACUGUGUAGUAGAGAAAUACAGCAGUAGCAUCGUGGCAAUUAAACUGUGAUUGCUUGUGGUCCUCUUGUAUGGAAAGGCUUUUGGGCGUGACGUACAGUACCCUGCAAGCAGAGGCUACAUUUUCGCGGUGUGAGCUGGCGUGCUGCCUCUGCUCGCAGGAUAGACGUACAGUGUACAUGUAAUACAAUUGUUCAUUCUUUGCGGGGCUAAGUUUGUCAGUGCGUCAAACUCCCAAUUUAGUAUUUUCAGGUUCACGUCCCCGUUAUGACUACUAGCUGGAUUUGUUUCUUGGUCUUUCCGGAUUUAAAUCCUCCCCCAUGCUUGGUUGCAUCCAUCUAGUUGCCUCCUGCCAGUUGGGGUUUUUAAUUCUAUUCUAUUCUAUAAAAAGUACCGGUAUUUGUUUCUUAUUACUUGAGUAGAAAACUCAAAAACUUUACCUUACAGUCCUACACCAAAUUCUUUAACCCUUUAUUGUUUAAGUUCCAAGAGUGACCAAGAUCAACUCUCCUUAACAACAUCAAUACGUCAUCAUCAUCAAUAAAAAAAGCAUACGAGAAUUAUUAACAAAAUGGUCACCAUUAUUUCUCUUAUUAAAUUUUCCCAGCUAUAAAUCUUUACAUGACUGUAAGGAAAUGUAAGGAGAUCAGUUUGGAGAAUUUGUGUGUGGGAAAUAUUUGGAUAUUUGUAUGUGAAUAUUGUGGCUUAAAGGUUCUUGCCAAAGAACAAAUUAACUAUUGUAGUUGAGUCGUGUAAGGGUGUGAUCGUUCAAUUUGUCCUCAUCCUUAUUGUUUAAUCCAGAAUUAUUGAAAUUUAACUCACAGGCUGUCGAACGUGUGAAUGUAACAGUGCUGGAAGUGUCAACCUUAUUUGUAACAAGACCACAGGCCAGUGUCCUUGUAAGACCUUUUCACUUGGACGCCAGUGUGAUACAUGUCCGUCUGGUUUCUAUGGCUUGGCUGCCAAUCACUCUGAGGGAUGUCUUCAGUGCCAGUGUUCAAACAAAACGUCGAAUUGUACUCGUGACCCAGGAUGGCUCGUAUCGGAGGUUACAACCAGCCUUUCUGUUCUCUUUGACAACACCAAUGUUGAUGGAUGGACUGCUAAUAACAGUGUUCAAUUUGUGCAAGUACAUUUAAACUGGGGAAUUCCAGUAGAACCUGUCAGCAAGUAAGUGUAGUUCUUGUCAUCUGAUAGCUUACUCGAGGGGGCGAGAUGUCCCCCUUUUGCACGCCCGUGGGGGAUUUCCCGCAUUGGUCCCACAAAAAAGUUCUUUUUUGGCCUUUUAAUAAAUCCUUAGUUGAUCAAGCUUGUUCGGUUAAGAUGGCUGGAUACUGGCCUAGUUCUUUUUUUUUGCGUUUUAGUGACCACGACUUCGCCUAGGUCUAUAAAAAUGCAAAAAAAGAACUCUGCCAAUGUGCAGCCAUCUUGACCUUAGGCUUGGUCAAUAACGCGUAAAAAUGGCCUUGCGAUCCAAUUGAUCCCUUGGGAGGUCGUUCUGAGUUGAAUGGAAAUGUAGGGACUAACUCUUAGACAGAUGAUAAUUACCUGUAUUGUGUCAAGGAGCCUCUUUUACCUAGGGUACUUCACAUUAAGCAAACAAGCUUAUAAAGAGCUCCUUACCCAGCAAGAAAAUCUACUUGUCCUGGAUGACCAAUUGGCAAUUUAUUUCAAGCCUUGCUUCAAGCCUCCAUAAGCCGCAAUUUUUUGCAAGGUUUAUGAAGUUGAUAUUCUUUAAAGUUACCACACAUUUGAUAAUAACAAAUAUCAUCCAUAUAACUUUUUUCAGAGGAUCAAUGAGAGUUGAGACCAGUGGAUCUGAUGAAUUCUAUUUUAUUGCUCCUGAUAAGUACCUUGGAGACAAGAGAUUUGCGUACACCUUUACACUGUCAUUCAAACUACAGCAGGACAAUGCGACUUUUCCUGCGGCUUCUUCGACAGGGGAUGUUAUUCUUAAAGGCAGGUGGUUUGAUCAGCCGCUUGUUACAAGCCUUGGCACUCCGCCGUCUACAGGAGAAAGUUUUACCAGUUAUCGGGUAAGAUUAGAUUGUAAUAUCAAGAGGUCAGCAGCAUUUAUCGUAAUCGCUCAGAUUUGACAAUAAACGCCCCCCCACCUUCUUAGCGUUAGCCUCCCUUUGAGGCUGGUAAUAUUUCUUUCCCCCAAGAAAGAAAAAACUGCUGUUCCUUAAAGGAGCUGUGUCACGGAACUUAUUACAAUUCAAUCAGUGAGAGUUGCCACCAAAUUGGGUAAAACAUAACAAUAAGGGCUGAAAAUAUUAAAAGAAGGUAUAAAUACUUCAGCAAAUACAAAAUGGCGCGGAUGUACAAAUUUGAAGAAGAUUAAAGCGGAUUGCAAUUACCGUUUUUGAAAACUUGUUAGCCGAACAGUUUUUGAAAUUUAAUUCUUAUUGUUGGCCUGCGUGUUUGAAACGUUUGUUAUAAUCCUCUGGGAGAUAUAUUUGUGUGAUAGGAAGUUGUGAUUUUGUCUUUUACAAGUAAAUGUUUCGCUUAUGUCGAGACUUUUCUCUGUUAUUUUGUUUCUUAGGUCAAAUUUGUUGAGAGUGAAUGGAGGGUUGGAGAUACUUCUGGCCGUCAACCUACAAGCUACGAAAUGAUUAAAGUAUUAAGUGACCUAGUUUCCUUGCGCAUCAGGGCCAAAUGGACAUCGCUUACAACUCAACUAGACAGCCGACUUGGUGACAUUGUCAUGACUCUAAGCAAUAGGUAUGCAGUAUACAGUUAAUCCGCUAUGUUUCCUUCCAUAGGCCUUUUUUAAAAAUACCACAAUAUUCUUUGUUUUUCCUCCAAACAUUGUUUUCAAUUUCCCUUCAGACAAAUAAUAAAUCGAUACGUCUUGCAGCGUUUUUACUCACAUCCAGUUUUCGCUGUAUGAGCUGUACAACUAAACCUGAGCCAGCCACUUAAAAAAAAGUUCAAAGGAAGCGAUCCUGUCAGUUGCCGAGAUUUUCGUUUUGGGUUUUUAUGCCGCGCGAUAAAUCAACCAAUCAGAUGAGUGUUUGUAUGAAAUUUCCCGCGCAAUGGACCCGCUGCUCGCGGCACGUAUCAUGGGAACAAAACUACCGUUUGACCCCUUAUACUCUGGCACAUAGAAUAUCAUCGGUAUGUGUAACCACAACUUUCAAACCGCUCUCGUUUAUGUGAAAACCGUUCUGUAGCCAUAAUUGUUGUUUGCUCUUCUUUAUUAUCUUCCAGGACUAGUGUUUUAGCCUCACCAGAGAAUGCGUUCAAUGUAGAGCUUUGUAACUGCCCACCACAGUACAAGGGGAGCUUUUGUGAGCAGUGCGCCGAGGGGUACACACGCAGCACACCGAAUGGAGGGCCUUACGUCACAUGCGUUCCUUGUCAGUGUUACGGGCACUCGAACAGCUGCGAUCCUGAGACUGGCGUAUGUCAUAACUGUACACACAACACGACAGGUAAUAUAGGCAGCAUUUACAGGGUGAAUAUAGCCCGGCCCGCUUUCUUAUGGUUUGUUUGCCACGCUUGUCUGUGUUUGUCUGUUUCCGUUCCGUUCUGAUAGUUGCAUUAAUAUUAAAAGGGAGAUGUUCAUUCCUUCUCUAUAGUUUAUUUUAUGAGGCAGAACUUUAGUCAUUUCUCAGCAUUUUACGGGAAAAAAAUUAAUUUGGGGGCGGGGGAGGGAAUUUCUUGCUUCGCCCGUCGUCUUCAGGUUGUAUGCACUGAAUAUAUCAUAUCAGUACACUUCCAUUUACUUCCAUUUACGGAACAACGAUCUUUGUCUUUUUAAGGUUGCAUCUCUAACAAUUUUUCUGAUUCUCUGUUAGGUGAUCAUUGCCAAAAGUGUUCAGAUGGUUGGUAUGGUAACGCUAAAAAUGGUACCCCGGAUGACUGUAGACCCUGUCCAUGCCCUGGUGGACCGCUCGCGUCCAAUCAGUUCGCCAAGACUUGCUUUGCAAAUGAAACUGACGGAUUACCGACCUGUAACAACUGUUCACGGGGUACCACUGGACGAAACUGUGAAAUGUGCAUGGAUGGAUACUUUGGGCGGCCGUGGGUGAGUAGGCGUAAAAAUGAACCCCAAAUUGUUUACUUAAAAAAUAAAGAAGCCUUGACUAUGCUUUGUUCUUUUGUAAAGGACGCAGGAAGCGGCUAGAGUAGGAAAGAAGUGUCGUCGGGAAACAGACGUAGUCGAGUGUUGCUCCCUACUUCUUUAGUGCUCUAGCUGCUUUCUAAGUUAAAUUCCCAAUUCAUUGGUUUAUUUUAUCACAGGAGCCAGAUGGACAGUGUCACCGUUGUGAGUGCAAUGACAACAUAGAUCUUGGUGUUAGUGGAAACUGUAACACAACUACGGGACAAUGCCUCAAGUGUCUCUACAACACAACUGGAUUUAACUGUGAAUGGUGUGCUCCUCAAUAUUACGGAAGUGCCUUGAACAAGAAUUGCACACGUAUGUACAACUUGAAUUAUUUUCUCUCCUUUGAAAUAUCUUUUAUAAUUUCUUAAUGUAGUCAGUGAAAGAUUCAUUUGUUAUUCUCGUGACUCAAAUUAAUAAUGUAAAGGCAAACUUGGAUGUAAGAAACUGCGGAUUAAGAACCAUAUAUAUGUAGCCGAUUUUUGAAAUCCAGCCCAACGAAGUUCGCGGUCAUUUGACUGAAAGGGCGUCAGAAGGCAGGUUUCUUAAGCCCGAGAAGCUCCAAAAUCACAGUAAAGAAGGAAAAGGAAAGAGCGAGGAGAAGGAAAGGAGGAGAAGAAAAAAAAAACAAUGGCUGCACUCUUAGUUUUUACAUGAUAAUGGCUACUUUGGAGAUAGUUUUUUGUCGAAAAAAACUGUUGGACGCAAAAGGUCCAUUUGGCGAUAACGUUAUCAAAAAUCCGGCUAGAUAUAUAAGAACUAUUCUCCACGUAACAACGAACAAUUUUUGCCUGUUGUGGAAAAUCGGAGGAUCUUAUAUGCGAGCUAUAACUGUAUGUCUUUAAGACAUAGGGCUAGGACGCCUUAUAUAGAUGACCUCUGUGGCAUGUUUCUUUCUCUGAGGUAUUCAGUAUCCAGUGAGUCAAACUUUGUUGGUUUCUACAAUUGAAUCGUCUCAGUUACUUGAAUUCCUCGGCAACAUCUGAUUUACUGUGGGGAUGAUUUCUCUGACCUAUGCUUAGUGUUCCUAGAAAGUUUCUCUUGCGAGCAAAACGCAAAGCUGGGUCUAAAGGGACAAACUUUCUCAAAAAUGAUAGGAAGCUUAAGCUUCCGCACAAUACGAUGUCCUAAAGUUAGUAUCCUUUAAUAUUUAUAAAUGUUUUAUAGCAAUGUUGUCGUUUCUUGUUACAGGUUGCAACUGUUCAAGAGUUGGUGCUGUUAACAAUGUGUGUAAUAAUAUGACCGGGGAUUGUGACUGUGAGCCUUUCGUGACCGGCAAGUCAUGUGACCGGUGUGAACAGUACGCCUACAAUUACACGGAGUUUGGCUGCUUACCGUGUAACUGUAGUUCCUUUGGUUCAACUGACCUUCAGUGUGACUCGGUAAGAACAAAUUCUGCGUAGACGCAGUCUUUUCUACUACAGCCAUCAGGGCAAAGUAAGAAGCGGGGGGGAAAAGGAAAAAACGAGAACGGAAGAGAGGGAGGGACAGCUCUUUUACCCUCUCUCUCUACGGCUUGUGAAUUCUCUUCACGCUGUCUGUUGUAUUUUGUUAGUACAGGUGCUUUAAACAGUUAUCUGAAAUGUUAUGCUAUUUAUAACAUUUUCCUUCCCUUCCAGAUGUAUGGCAACUGUAGCUGCAAACCAAACGUAAUUGGUCAAAAGUGUGAUAUGUGUGCUGCUAAUUUCUUUGACGUCACACGCAGUUGUUUAGGUAUGAUCGAUAUAAAAUAUAAAGCAAUACUACUCUUGAGUGUAAACAACUUUUACCUCGGUGCACUUCAGGCCGGGGGGGUUGGAGGGUGGGGUGGGGUUCUUGUUUUACGUUAUCCUUUGUCUUUUUAUCGCAGAGCUGAAUUACAUAAAUUAUGUUUUGUGUGUUUCUGGUCAUUCUGCUUGUCCUUCAUUUCUUUUUUAGAGUGUAACUGCACAGCUAACCAGACCGUUGCAAACUCAACCUGUGACCAGAGAUCUGGUCAAUGCCAGUGUCGUGUCAGUGAAGCAGGAGGCCUGUACGGUGGUAGACAGUGUGAAGGAUGCGCCAAGCCGUACACCGUCGGUGAGUGGUUUUAUACCUUAAUGCUGAUGACAGCGCUUUUUACUGAGCCUUUUGGUUUGUUUGUACAGCAACAGCAAACUUUCGCUCGGCGUAAGUGUAACGCUUUGAUUAGAGAAGUACUGCGAGCAGUGGUUUCUUUUGUCAGUCGAGUGGUCGGUUUUUUGACGCCCCGAGAGACGUUAAGAAACCGACUACGCGACUGAUUAGCCACGUGAACGACUUCGUAAAUGCUAAAAGUCAUGCCAGAAAGAAACCCUGGGUACAUCUACCAGCGAUCUUACUCCCUAAUUGGAUACCUGAGUCUGACGAUUCAUGAUAAGCCUUAGAGUGCUUCUAAAUCACUGACAAAGAGUGCCGGCUCAAGAUAUUGCUGUAUUUACACCACUGCUAACUCCUUUUUUUUUACUUGUUUGGAAAUACCUGUCAUACCCGAGACGGAAUAGGUUCUUUUCUUUGUCAGAAAUAAUACGUCGUUGAGUUUACGGUUAACACAGGAAAAUGUUAGAGCCUUGUUUUCCCGUGACAGAGAUAGCCUUACCGUAGGGGUGUUGUUUUGGAUUGCCACUACCAUUGUUGCCUGACCAUUCAAAAGAACUAACAAAGGAAAUACUAAUAAUGAAGCCCCAUGAAUAGCCUGCAAAUACGGCCGUCUCUUCUCGCUCCUUGCCGCUAAGGACGUUUUGCUGGCCUACCUUAGGAAGUGAAUUCUCUUAUAGACUCUUUUUGUAUUGAAACGUUAAGAUCUAGAAAAUGGAUUGUUGUUUUAACUUCAUGGGUCGAUUAUUCAAACGAAGUCUAACUUAAGCCGCGGUUUAACAAAUCUUUGGACCUCAAGAUCUCUUCCUAAGUGGGUUAUUUUAUGAAGAUAAAUACUUUUCUUGUCUACUCUGUAUGCUCUCAUAAAACUGUUCAUAAUGAAUGGUCUUUAGAUAAAACCGUUGGACAAAUUGAAAAUGGCUUAGAACGCGGUUUUUUUUAACACUGGCUAAACUACGUUUAACUGACUAGCACCAUAUAUUUUUACCGGCAUGUCUGUAAAAGAGGAGUGUAUCUUGAAGACUAGGUAAUUAUGUGAAUCUCGGUUUGAUUUUUAGGGAGUCCACCCAGGUGUCAUCCAUGCACAGAAGCUUGUUAUAGUAAUUGGGUAGGGCUGAUCUCUGAUGAGACAGAGAAAGUGAACGAGUUGAAAGGCAAUGUGACAGAGCUGCUAGAGUCAUUUGGCAGCAUGUCUGUGGAAGGAAUCAAUAGUACUUUACGAAUGCUAACGGCAAAUGUCACUUACGCAAAUGGAAUUUUCAGCAGCGGGGGAAGGGCUGACUUGCUGGAGAAACGUGAACAGAUUAACCGGGUAAGUACAGUAGAAUCUCUACAUGCGGACACCGCAGAGCUGUAAAUUACAGUCAUCCUACAAUGACGGUCCGACAAAAAUUUGCCUAUUCGCCACUUUUGAAGCGUGAAAGGAACUCGGCCGAGGUGACUUUCCCAAAGAUUUUUUUUGUCUCCCUGUCAUUCCUAAAGUCAGUGGGGAAUUGUCAAAUACUAAAGAUUAUCAUUUCGUAUCUGAACGUUUGCAUAGUCAGGGCUGUCACAAAAGAUUUCGACUUGUCGGUUAUGGUUACAUGCAAUUAGUAAGCGACGAAUGGAAGAUUUUCCCUAAGAUUCAUACAGUUUCUACUUCUCACUACUAAUACUUCUGUGAUGCUGGUACCUGCGUCUGUCCCUUUGAUGUCUUUGAUUAUUAAGGAGGAUACUUACUUCAGGUAGUAUCAUAGGUGGCCCAAACUUACGUUGCGAAAAGUAAUUUACCUGCCGUAGGUGACGUGUGGCCUUGUGCUGGACGCGCCGGUGUCGCGUUACUGGCGACCUUGAAAAUAAGAGACUUUGUUUGAGUAAUAAAAUACUAAGAUCUGCGAACGCUAAAUAGAGUUAAAUCUAACUUUUCCUUCAAUGAAAUGAAUAAAAGAAGACUUAUCUACGAUAUAUUCGACUGUGUUUUUGUGUUUGUUCAUCGUUUCACUGGAUUUUUGGGCUUUAUUGCGUAACUACUGUAACUCCCUCAAUAAGACGAAUUCAAACAGCCUGCAUAAUGACUGUCUCUCGCUAGCAUGCGAGCAAGCUCUCGAUGUGGGGGAGUCGCGAGAAGUCACGCGAGAGGAGGAGUUUGCUCGCAGGCUAGUCUCUCGCGUUCUGUUUGUUCUUAGAGUUUGGGUAUUCUAGAUUGUAAGAGACUUGGUGAUUUAAUGGUAUUUCUGCCUAGUAAGAGCGAAUUUUGCCAUGUCUAAGAUAUAUUUACCUGAUAAUCAGAACUAAUUUUAAAAUCUUUUACAGAUUCAAAACUCCGUCAACUCUUUGCAACAGCAAUUGAACUCUUCUCAGCAUUCAAUCGAGGACGCGCAAAAGUACCUGGCAGAAAACGUAGUGAACUACAACGGGAGCGUGCGUAUUCUUCCAGCCACCCCUCUGUCGUACCCAUCUUUCCCUGUAGUGUGCCCCAGUGGGGGUGGGCUUAGCGUGAUUGUUGACUGGCAGUGUAUUGAAGCCAUGGCACAGAGCUACCGCCAAAGAGCUAUGAAAGCUAACGCCUCGGGAUACGCCAACUACACCAGUAUUCAAAAUAGUUACAGCAUGGUAAGAUGCCAAGAUACGCUAUUUUUUUUUUACUUAAACUUGGGUGAAGAGAAGUUUUUUAGAUAACUCAGUCAACGCGAUUGUCUCAGUCGUUGCUCAUAGGACUCGUAGAGAGUCUUUAAUUCUUAAAAAAAAGUCUUGAAAUUUGUCUAGCAAUUUUCCAGACCUAAAGUCUUGAAAAAUGGUAAAAAGUCUAAAGUUUUUUUUCUUUUGGAAAGCUACAACAAUUGCUCUAUAAGUGAAAGUUUUUCUGUUUUGGUCAAAUCUUAUUCAACGUUGCUCGUACGUUUGCAGUGCAUCAUGAAAAAACGUUUGUUCCUGCGUUUUUUAAGGUCUCUAUUGAUCACCUAUUUGAUAUCCUCGAAUCUGAAAAAAGAAAUUAUUGCUUUGGAAAAAAGUGUGGAAAAAGUCUUGAACUUUGGAUCCAAAAAUCUGUACGAACCCUGUGCUUAGAGUUAGGGGUUUUACUUAAAGAAAAACAAAAUGAUUAUUUGACUCAAUUUUGAAUUCGCAAUCCAGACAGGUGUAUUUCGUGUUUUUUUUUUUGGUGUUGCAAAAUUAAAGUUUAAAUAAAGCGAGAUGAUUUUUGUUGGACAUCUUUUGCUUCUCAAAGUUAUUUAACUACAAAGUAUAUUGAGGAAGACAUGAAAGAGUGCAGCUAGAAACAGGCGGCGCUGUAUGUCUCUUUUAGCUAUUUAGGCCAUUCAGCGUGACCGACUUGUCAGCGCGUGGGACUCGCAAUCUGGCUUGGGUUCGAGUCCCGCUCUGGCGACUUGCUGGAUUUGUUCUCGGUUGUCCAGAUUUCAAAUCCUCGGUUCACGCCUCCUUCCAGUUAGGAUUUUAAUCCCGUAAUAUUAUAUUUGUGAUAGUUGUUUCUAAUUAUUUGGGUGUAGUGCCUGUAAACUAGCCGGAUAAGCUAAGUGCACCUUACUAUAAACAAGGCUGUAAUUUUUUGACAUUAGUUCUUUGUCUUUGAAACAGAUUCAGCAGGCAAAUACCACAGCUUAUCUUGCUGCUAAUCAGAUCAGCGAAUCCAUCAACAAACUCGGGCUGGUGUCACUGUUACGAGAGUCAGUCGAGUCAAGUCUCGGUGACAGCUUUCAGAGCAUGUAUCGUAACCAUUCACAAAAGCUGGAAGAGAUCAGUCAAAUCAUUUCAGUUUUACAGGAGUUGUUGUCGCUUGCGCAAGACUUGGAAGAGAAAGCGAACAUGAAUUUGACGCAGGCGAUGGAGAUUGCUUCAGAAGCGAAGAAUGUUUCGGGUCAGCGGAGGCGUGAAGCGCAAAGUGCGCGGGACAGCGCUUCAAAUGCUCUCUCUGAUGCGAUGCGGGUGGAGAUGGAAGCAGAGAAUGCUUUGAAUACAGCUACAGAGUUUAAGGUCAGUUUGCAUGCCUCAUGAUAAAUAGGGAAUUGAUAGGGAGGAUCUUGCAAAUGCGAUGACAACUGACAAGCGACGCGAACGACUUCGUAAACGCUAAAAUACAUGCAAAAGAGAAACCUCUGCUAGCAGUGUAGAGCGAAAUGGCCGAAUGAUGAUGGUGAAUGAUAAAUAAAUUGGCCCGCUCGAGAAAAAUCUGUUGAGAGUAAAAAUGAAUUUUUUCCAUAGUCGGAGAAGUUCAAUGAAAAGUUAAAAAAAAAAAAAUCAUUUAUCGUGGUAAAACAAUCAUUGGCGUAUAACUCCCAUUGUGGAGAUAUCGUGGAGAACGCAGAGAAAUCCAAAACGAAAAGAAGAAAAUUCAUGACCUGGCAAAGAAGUUGGAGAAAAAUUUGAUACUCCAAAGUGAGUGACAUUUUUAUGAUGCUCAGGGAAAUGUCAAGGGAAAAUGAAGUCGGGAGAAUAUAAUUUUGAAUGGACAGUAAUAAUAUAGGUUACACGCUUGUUGCUAUUGGUGACAUCACCUACUGUGUAGUUUUCGUUUUUCAAAACUCUCGUUCAUGUUACUCGAAAGCGAUCAUUAUUUUUUUUAUGUGUGUGUUUGUCAGUGCGGUGCUUAUUCGAAAAAAAGAAGGGAAGCGCUCUUUUGAGUAAAUGAAAGUAAUUUGAAAUACGCGCUAAUCACCACUAUAGAAACGACUGGAAUACUGUGCCUUGGAAACUCUCGCAAAGACUUUCGGGACUGUUACUAGGGACAGGGAAAAUUGGCCAAUAGCUGACCGGUACCUAGUAACAAUCCCAGAAACAAUUGUGGGACGCGAUUUUGUUCCAGUUCCCUCCUCGUGUCUAAAGUGGCGAAUAGGCCAUUUCCGAGUCAUCCAAAGACUACCGCAGUAUAUGCCAAUUGAACAUUCUAAUUUCUAGGAGAAUGCCACGAAGGUUCUUAAUUACACGAAGGAAGCCAUUGUUAACGUAACAGAAGACAUCAACACAAUAGCAAGAGUGAACAACAUGACAACCGAAGCCAUGAGGAUUGCAGAUGAAGUUCGAACCUUGACCAUGCCGGUUACACUGCACCAGAUUCAAAACUUAACAGAAGAUAUACUAAACACUAACGUCAGCCGUGAGAUGGUGAAUCAGACUUUAGAAGCAGCUCAACAGGGGCUCAAGCAAGCCAGACAGGUGGAGGAGUUAUCACAGAAGGCCAUGUAAGUUGGAGAUUUGUUAGAUAAAAAGCCAGUUGUUAAGGUUUUGGCUUUUCAGCUUGCUAUUUACAGAUUGUUUGGUGCUGUGUCUUUAAAGUGAGAGUAGACUCAUUUGCAUCGUACACUUAUAUCCGUCACAUUUGCCUGUUAGAUUUUUUUUCCCGUCUAAGAGACACUGACAACGCGAUCGCCACUUUGAAGUCUGUUCGCAGUUUAGUAAUAGCCUGUUGAAAGAAUGGGAAGUGAUUUAAGAAGAGAGGAUUAGACACUGGAUUCAAAGAAACAACAAACAAUCGAUGAUUGACUAAAAUUUGGUAAUUGCGAUCUCAUCCCAUUUCGACCUUCAUCUCAUUUUUGUUCUUUCCUUUUUGUUUUAAACAGAACCGUGGCACAACAGACACUCGGCCGAGUGCAGGAUAUAGAGACAGCUAUUAACUCAUCCCAGCAUCUCAGACAGCAAGGACUCGCACUACAGCAACAAACUGAUGCAAUGAUCAAUAGCAUCAACAAUAUCACUCAGACGGUAAGAGAAUAGCCUCCCACGCAAACCUUCUUAGGGGUUCGUCACGUAUUCCUGCCCGACGAUACUGGGGAGGAUUGCAUGACGAGCUAAAAGAACGUCUGCGUGGGAGGUUAGUAAGAGAAUGAUCUACUUUUUGCUUCCUCCGUUCCUCAUGUCGAGGAUCAGCGUUACUUGGGCACCGAACAGAUAUAUGUUUUAGGCUCUGUUCACACAAUAGAGGGUAACUUUUUGUGUCGACGUGAAAUGCCACCCACCUUUCUGGUAUGUGACUCUCCACUUUAGAGAUCGGCUCGGCGCAACUUUUAGGGGCAUCCAACGACGGUUUCCUCCUGAACACAUUAAAAACACUUUUUAGACUGUUCAGAGUACUUUUAGAUCUCUAGAAAUGCAUUGUAAGCGGCCCUAUAGAAUUUGUAUCUGUUCGGUCAUCCUAGGGAAACUUGAGCCUCGUCGAAAUUACAAGGGCUUCAGUAUUAUUUUUCCGAAAUUUUAGAUGCAAUUUAACGUUUUACGAAAGUGAGAAUUUUUCUGAUUCCUCUCUCCAUCACAUUUUGAAAUCAGAAACUUUUAGGUUUUCUUUUUUCUACCAUAAAGUAGUGAAACCUAGCCGGCGAGAGUGAAAUACGAGAAAUUAAACUUCAGAAUAUCGUGGGGAAUUUAUCAGAUAAGUUUCGAAAAUUGUACGUGAAUCGAACUGUCAUCUACAAAUUGUUAACCGUCCUUAAGCCAUAGAAAAUUCUAGUCAAUAUUUGCUUCUCCGAACAGAUAUUUUACAGAAAACAGUCGUUGGGUGCUGCUGAGCUUUGCCCCGUUGUAGAAGUUGAGCCGAAAUCACUGCUCUUAUUUGUGAACAGAUGUCCUUUCCAGUAUGUUUUUGUUCAAAAGCUGUUCAGUGUAAUAUGAACAUAACCUUAAGCUGGCGAUAACGAGUGUUGAGAAAUUAGACCAACAUUUUGUUAGGCUAAUGCAGUGCGAAGCGUGCAAAACAUUGUGUGAUAUCGGCAACUAAAAGAAUCUGUCGUGCAUUGUGUUUUGGCGCCGGCGCCCGCCUUAGGCUACACGUGUACUUUGAUUUGCAUAAUUGCCAUUAUUUCCAGAGCCAGAAAAUUCAAUUUGUUCUUUUUUCGUUGUCUGUCAGGUUGAAGACCGUUUCUCAGCUUCUUACUCGUCAGGACAAAGUUUACUCACGAAGAUCAACAAUACUUUGUCUAACAUGGAUGAAAGCCUGAUGUGCUUUGACAAAGCGAAGACUGAUUCACAAAACGCGUCGCGAACCGCUCAGCUUGCUUUCAACAUCUCCGAGACUGCUAAGCAGGUACGUUCGUUAUUCUUUUGACAUUUAUUCGACGCUUUUGCUCUCUUCUCGCUCUCCUAGUAUUACACCGCAAAGAGCACUGAAUUGACCUCGCAGAACAGUAGUAUCUGCGACGCACAAAUCUGAGUUUUCAGCCAUUUUCAAAGCAGAGACCUCAUGUAUUCCUUUUCUUUUAUCAGACGUUCGACAACAGUAGUGCAUCUCUGCCGCCGGUCGCAUCUUUGGUGAACUCGUCUUACGAUGUAGCAAAUGCGAGUCUUUCAGAAAUACAACAAAGUCACGACGACUCAGAACAGCUUCUGCAAGAUGUGGUCGAGGCUGAAGGUAAAAUAGGUUCUAAAUUUCAUGUUCCACGCGCUCCUGCUAGAUUCAGUUUUUCUUGUUUGUCCUUCAACGUUUGCCUAGUCAUUCUAACCUAAUGCUAAUGAACAAACAAUAUAUAUAUAUAUUGUUCUCGCUUAUUACCAUUAGGUUUGUCCCAUGAAUUUAAAAGUUUAACUUUUGACCUUAUGCUUACCCUGGUCCCUUCGUGACUUUUUUGGCCGCUUUGCGGCUCGCUAUCUCUCACCCGGGGGAGCAGGUUAUCGUUUGGGACCAGGGUAUCCUAUGCCAAAAACAGGCAAAGAAAACUUUGGCUCGUCAAUUUGUUCCGGCGUUACUUCGUCCGGGUCCCAAAAGAAAAAGGCUCAUUUACCGUAUAAUAUAAUUUGUUUCUCACAGCUGAAGUAAAAUAAAGAAAACAAAACAACUUUAUCGAUGACCCUGACCCCAACAAUAGUCCAUAAAACAAAGAAAACGAAUAAAUUAUAUUAUACCGGGAAUGACCCAAGAAAUACCUCAUUGUUUUCGAGAGUGACAUCAGCGCAUCAUAAACCGGGCGCUUUAACAGAGAUAUUAGUAAUUUAGAUAUUCUUACGGCCUAAAACUGGCUGUGUACGAGCAGAAAUAGGUUUUACUGGACAACUUCACCGCCCCCUAACCGCAAAAUUAUUUCAAGCCCCCAGUAAGGUUACCAUUUUUCAUAGAAGCAACCGUGCUGGGGUGAUCUUCCACGUAGUGUCGUGUUCUCCUCGUUCCACUACACGUGUUCGUUAUUUACGGAAUGUCUUUUCUUAUCCUUUAGAAUUACUAGAGCAGUACAUCACGCAACGACAGGAACUUGAGAGACUGACUCGAGAUCUUCAAGAGUUGGAUAGUGAGGCUGAGAAUUUGUUAGCACAGUUUAGUGUAGCUGCUGACCAGUACGGGCAGUGUGCGGGCGCCGCUUGAUAAAGAGAAGAAGUGGUUUUUAUAUAUUUUGUAAAAUACAACGCGGCGUUAUAUUCUCCUUUACCAAGAUACAGGUCCGGCGUAGGAGGCGGUAGCCUUAUUAACAGGCCAGGGUUAGACAAGCAAUAUAAGAAAGUCCAAAUGAAAGCAACGAGUUGAUAGUAAUAGGCGAGUUCGUUUAAAUUAAGAUUAUUAUUAUUAUUACUAUGAGUUCUUUAAAAUGGCAGCCUAUCGUUUAGGUUUUCUUUUGUUUUUUUAGAAAGUUUUUAGCAAAAUGUGGCCUGCUUUAAAAUGUACAUAUGAAUAGCAGAAAAUACUUCUUAACAAUUGCGCGUAAAUUAAAACUUUUUCAUUAUCUUUGAUUUUACGUUUAUUCUUUUGAAGAGACUUUCGUGCUUUAUUUGCUUGCUGUUUUCCAGGACCGUUGUUUCUUUUAAUUCCGGAGCUACAAAUUAUCUGUUUUAGCUUGAAAAUUAAGAAGUGAAGGAAUAAUAGCGAAUGAUUUUCCUAGCUUCUCGAGAAUAUUUUGGUUUCUUAUUUUAAGACGAUAAAGCGUGCAAAUGAAUCAAAGUGAUCUAUUUUCUAGUCAAAGCUAGCUUUAUGUAAUCAUAAAAUCUAUCUUUGCCGUCCAUUCGACAUCACAUAGUCCGGCAACCUUAGAGACUGAUUAUACUUUUAGUGUAAGAAUGGCACUAAGCAGAAGGCACUAAAACGGCCUUGAAAAGUCACUGGUGGCCCGAGAACUUGAGAUAUCUUUGCAGAAAUUUCAUGUGAUUUUAGAUGUGAAGAUUGAUCUUUAAUAUUUUACUGAAAUUGUAAGUAUUUUAGAUGAUGAUUGUUAGUCUUGGCUCUUACUCGCAGUUAUAUCCUCUGCCAUUCUGUCAAGAAACAAGCGGUCUGUAGAGGCCCCUUUGUGCUCCUUGAUAAAUAUCUUUGCAGCCUGUGUAGCUGGCUGCGAAGCCUAUUUCUCUUUCGUAAAAGGUCGUUGCCAAUUUUUAACGGUCGAUGCCACCAUUGGUAACGAAGCCUUUAGUCAUGAUACUAGAUGUAAUAUAUUCCUGGAUUAAGUUGAAUUUACGUUAAAAGGACCAGGGUCACGUAUUAUUGAUCUAUCAGUUAAGAAAGACACUUUGCUAGUUUAUGUACUUAAUUUUUUCGAAAUUUUGGCGGAUCGGUGUGGCAGUGUAGUGGUAAUGGAGAGAGAUUGUGAUACGAAAGGUCCGAGUUUGACCCUGGGUUGCGAUCUUCUUUCUCGUAAAUAGAAACCCGAUAGAAACAGUCUCAGCUAGUCUCAGUAACAGGCCAAAAAUUUUUUGAUUGUCCUUAAAAUGGCAGCAAUCGUUUACGAAAGGGAAAUUUGCGGCGGCUAGUUGGGAUCAAGCCAAAUUGAGUGUUUUCUAUGUCUGGUUACCUCGAUAAUCACUGAUUAGUCAUUAUUAAUGAUCCGCGAAACAAAGUGUCGAGCUCUAGAGCUCGCUCUCCUUCUAGACACCUCGCUUUCAGGUUACUGGAAAUGAGGUUUAUGAGCGUUUGGCCGCCGUACGAUAAUAAACUAGGAAUCACUGAUUUAACUGUACGAUGGAAAUUUGAGACCUUUUUAACAAAUGAUUUUAGCUUUUACUGGUAAAUGAUAUAUGAGAAAUUAAUCGUAUGAAAAGAAAUGAAGCAAUAUUUUGUAGGUACAAAGCUUAUUAUUAUUAUUAUGAUAAGCUGUGUGUUGUACAGUAUUUAUUUAUGGCUUGAAGAUCUAUAGUGUGCAUUUUUGCAGUAGAUUUUCAUAAGAAUAAAAACUUUUUAUUCAUAUCCUUUGUUUGAAAAUGUUUAUUAUUG